CUACAAACCCGCCCUGAAAAGUCAUACAGAGUUAAAAAUUUCUUCUAGAGUUAAGAAAAUUUUUUAUUUUUAAUUUUAGAUCAUUACAAUAAUUUAAUUCAACACAAAAAACACCCAAAACAACAAAAAAAUAUUCUAGCUUUUAUUCGACGUUAAGGAUAAGCUUAAGUGUAAAUUAAAAUCUUACAAGAAACGAAAAAUUUGUAAAUAAGACAAAAAAAAAAUUAGUGUGAAAGAAAAGUGAGAAAAGGUUCCGUGGAACACAUUUUUUUCGCUUCAAGUUCUGUUCAAGAAAAUCAUCAAAAAUUCAGUCACACAGAGGAAAAAUGCGUAUGAACCCAGGCGUUGAUGUGGAGGAUGAUGAAAAGGGGAAGCUUUUCGUCGGUGGCCUGAGUUGGGAAACGACCCAAGACAGCUUGCAGCGGUACUUCAGCCGAUAUGGUGAAGUCAUCGAUUGCGUUGUUAUGAAAAAUAACGAAACGGGCCGGUCUCGAGGAUUUGGGUUCAUAACAUUUGCCGAUACCAACAAUGUUCAGAUCGUGCUACAAUCAGGUCCACAUAAUUUGGAUGGAAGAACUAUCGAUCCGAAGCAAUGCAAUCCAAGGACUCUCCAAAAGCCAAAAACUCGUGGUGGGUCCUUUCCAAAGGGGUUUUUAGGUGGACUUCCAUCAAACAUCACCGAAACUGACUUAAGAAUGUUCUUCGGACGUUACGGUAAAGUGAUGGAAGUUGUCAUCAUGUAUGAUCAGGAAAAGAAGAAAUCAAGAGGCUUUGGUUUCCUUUCAUUCGAAGAUGAAGCUUCAGUUGAUCGAGUUACAACUGAACAUUACAUCACACUUAAUGGAAAGCAAGUUGAGAUCAAGAAAGCGGAACCACGAGAUGGAUCGUCUAAUCAUAAGAUGAAUCAGGAAAUGAAUCAAUCCGCUGGUUCUCAUUGGGGUCCACCAGGGCCAGUUGGAAUGAUGCAAGGUCCAAAUGGUCAAAUGAAUGCACCUCCGAUGAACAUGAUGGGAUCAAUGGCGCCCAAUAUGAUGGGAGGUUACCAAGGUUGGGGAGCAUCAGCCGCUCAACAACAGAAUUACGGAUAUGGCAAUCCAAAUCCAGGAUAUAAUCAAGGAUGGGGCCAUCAACCUCCACAACCACAAGGUCCACCGCCACAUCAAUGGGGCAAUUACAACACGCCAACCCAACAAACACAGCAAUACGGAUCCUAUGGUGAGAGUGAGAAACAUUUAAAACUUUCAUUUGGCUGCGAUGAAAUUCAAAAUGUUCUCUUUUUAGACAUGUACAAUUCGUCAACUGGUGGACCGACGGCAGGCUCCGGUGGUGGUGCCAAUUGGAAUUCAUGGGGACUUACAAAUUCGGGAUCUGCUGGAUCAAAUGACAUGUACAAUCGUCAAUCAGGUCCAGGGUCAGCAUCGGGUCCCCCAGGAGCUAUGCAACCACCAACUGGACCAAACACUGGCAAUUCAAAACCACCAUCUGAUUAUCCAUCUUAUGGCGGAUACGGAAAUUACACAAACGAUCAGCAAUCAUUUGGGCCGCGAUCCUAUGGCAACAUGGCCAACGACUUGACUCAGCAAUAUCCACCACAAGCGUCAGGUGAUGAAUACAAACGUUAUCUUAAUCAAAACAUUAAGCAAAUUAUUUAAGUCAAAUGAGUUUUGUUUAAGUAAACAUAAAAAAUGAAAAAAAUAUUUUUUUUUGUCGAAAAAUGCAAAAAAAAAGUUAAGCAAAAAUUCUGACAAACUUUCUCCCAUUUUUCACAGAUGAUUUCUUAAAAUACUAACCAAACCAUUAAACAUGUCCGGCGAUUGUGAGAUAAGCGAUUAAGAAACAAAUUGUUAAUGAAGCAAACAAAGAAAAACUUUCAGACAAAAAAAGUAAAUCCUCAAAAUUGAAAAAAAAAAGUUGAAAAGUUUUGGGGAAAGGAUGAAGAGAGGGAGGGUUGGGGUGGGGGCGGCAACUCUAAAACGCAAGAUGAUAAUGCAAAUUGAUGAGAAUAGUAAUUAAUUAAUUAAUUGAAAAGAAUAUCCACGAUGAAACAUUUGAAAUAAGUUUAAUAGGCUAUUAAGGCAACAAGAUUAGAUCGAAAUGUUAGCAAGACAAACAAAUAAUAACAAAAUUAUCCAAAAUUUGUUUUCUUUUUUUAUGACUAUAUAUCUUUAGAAAUUUUGUAAUUUUGUGUUGAGGAAAUAACACAACAAGUUGAUUAGAUUAUUGUUUAAGAUAAAAGGAAAAAAAAUUCAUAUUAAUCUUUUUCUUCAUGUUCAUUUAGCUAAAAUUGUAUUUCAAAUAUCAAGACAAUUAAACAGAAGAUAAAAUCGUCAUGACAAACAUCGCUCGUAGUUCUGUAAUUAAAAAUUCAUUUUAAUCUAACUCUUUCUUUAUUUUUAACUCUGAUUUAAGUAAGAAAAGUUUUUGUUCAUUAUGGGUUUCUUGACAUUUAUUGAAUCAGUGUAACAACUGAUAACAUAUCGCGUUAAAUCAUUUUAAUCGCAUCAUUAAAAACAUUGUCAAAACAUUGACAAACCUACUUUUAAUCCAAUAAUAUUUUUAAAAAGAAAAACAAAUUGAGUAAUGAACACAUCCACCCACACAUGUAUGCAAUGUUGAUAAAUAGUUAACAUUGAAUUCCGAUAUUUGACCAUUAAUUUAGUUUUUUUUACUCGCUUUCUCGGGGAUCAAAUGAAAUGUUCGCGGAAAUAGAAUUUUUCGCUUUUCGUUAUUACUUCCACGUGUUUUAGAAGAAAAUUAAUUUUCGGUCGAAAAUAUCUCGAAAAAAUAUUUUUCUACGCGUAUUGAGUUGAAUUUUUUUUAUGAUCGAAAGCAGAGCGAGAAUGUGCGAAAUGUCAUUCAUGACGAUUUUAUUUUUUUCUUAUAAACUUAAAUUUGUUUUGUUUUAUAAAUUAUUAUUAUUAUUAUUAUAAAUAUUUUGAAACACUCACUGGCAUGAUCAAAGGAGAUGAGAAAUGUUUAAGAAAUUGUAUAAUUGUGUUAGGAAGACAAAGUAAGAAUUAUGAAAGAAUGUUUUUGAAAUUAUUUAAUUCUUCCUCAUUUUAUUUCUAUUUUUUUCCUGAUUUCAUAAUAUCCUUGUUCUACUCCCCCGCUUUAAUAAUCCAAACUCUUACCUACAUAAUUAAGAUGAAAUUUAAAUUUAAUUUUUUAUACUUAUAUGGCUGCGCUUACCAAAUGUGAUGUUGAAGAAUUUUUCUUUAAUAAGUUAUUACAGAUUACUUUUUUUUUGUUGCUUUUAUUUAGGAUUUCAUUUUUCUUUUAUUAAAUACCCUCGCUUUAACUUCCAUAAUUCUUUAAUAUCUUCUUCUUUCGAUAUUACAUAUAAGACGCAAAAAGAAUAUUUGGCGAAAGAAAAUGAAAAAAAGAAGAAAAGCUUCUGAUUAAGAUAAGAAAACAAAAAUAAAAAUGCAGCCGGAGAGAUUCUUUCCUUCUGUUUUAUUAGCAAUGACACCCCAUAGAUACUUAUAUCGUUGUGAUAUUACGGGGAAGUUUCUUGAAAUCCCUUAAGUGUCGACCUACCUACCUAGGAGGUGACGAUAAAAGUCUUUUUGACACAAAACUUUUUAUUUUUGUCUUUCGUUGUAAAAGAAAUUCUUAUUGUCAUUCAUAAGACAUUCAAAUGCUUUUAUUUAAUCCAGGAAAGCAGUCAAUGUUACUUUCGGUAUCAACAAACUUCUCCAUUAAUAUCGAAAUUCAACACACGUAGGAAAAGAAUAAUUUAUGUUAGUCUUUCUUCAUCAUAAUGAAUCAUAUGUUUUCCUUAAGUGUCCUUUUUGAUAUUAAGAUGUUAUAAAAACUAGAAGAAGAAGACGUUAUUAGAUUUGCAAAACUUUAAUCCUAAUUAGAAAAUAACAAUAAAUGAAACACCUACAAAGAAUGGAUAAGAAAUAGCGUAAUAUGAAAAAAAAAAACUUUUCACAAUGACUGACUAAACGAUAGUUUUUUUUUCACAAAAUAACAAACAAACUCAAAGUUUUUCUUUGUAAUUUUUUAUUUUGUGUGUGUGUGUUUUUUUUAUACUUCAUCUUAUAUUUUAUUUUGCUUUAAAUAAUAACAAUUUUAACAUUAAAAGUUGAGACCAGAUACAUAAAGGAUAAUAAAAAUCAAUUCUAGGAUCGUUGCAAGUUAGUCAUUCGAGCUUGAAUUUGACUGAUUUUAACCUUUCCUCAUACUUCAUAAAUAUUUUGUAACUUCGGGAUAAGAGCAACCACAUAAUUAUACUUGUUUCUGAGCUCAGUAAACUUUCUCUUUCUUUAAGUGAAUGCGUCAUAAAAGUUUGUUGUUUUCCAGCAUUGCUUGUUAAUGGGAUCGGGAAAAGAAAUGAAAAUAAAAUGAUAUGCAACGACUUUACUUAUUAAUCAGACAACUUUUUAAGAUGAAUUAGAACAUCUUUUCAAAGUUAUCAGUUUCAACCCAAAAAACAAAUCAAAAUGUUCAACUUCCUUUUUGUAUUCAUUCAUCAACGUUUAAGAAAUCGACAAGGAAGUUUAGGGCGUGUAAUUUUUAAUUAAUUAAUUAAUUAAUAAGUGUCAAAGCAAAGAUAAGAUCAUUAAGGAUUGAAUUUUAAUCACACUUGAAGGUAGAAUUGUUGUUGAAAUGAAUAAUAUAUGAAAAUCUCCGCAUAUGAUAAAAAAUAUCUUGUUAAAAAAAAGAAGAAGAAAAAUCUAAACAAAUUUAUAUUUUAUGAAACUUUAAGGAGAAACAUAAUUAUGUAACAAAGAAAAAUCAUGCUAUUUAAUUAAAUAUAGAAGAAAAAAAAUCUUGUACAUCAAUUAACAGUUAAGCUUAUUGAAAAACACGUUCAACAAACUCCCUGGAUGAUGAUACGAUGACGAAACUAUCAUGAGACGACAGAAAUGAUGGUGAUGAUCUUUUACAACAUUUAAGGAUUGACUGAGCUAACAAAAAAAAAUGCUUUUCCAUUUCGAUCACCGUAAAUUAAUUGUGUAAUAUAAUCAUUUUCCUCAAAAAGAAAAUUAUUAAACUUAAAUUAUCUGCAAUUUUUACAGUAACAUCCAAUUAAGAAAGAAAACACAAUAAUUAGUUAAACAAAGUGUGUGAAGAAAAGUCUUUGAUAAAAUUAAAAAUAAAAUGAAAAUGCAUUUUCCCAUUUUUAGAAAAAUUCUCCUAUACAACACGCUCAUGACCUGAUUAAUUAAUGAUAUUGUUUUUUACCUUCUUCCUAAUAUUAAAGAAACAUUUUAAUGCGAAUUUGUAAAGAAGCAGUUGUCUUUGAUAUAAAUAAAACAAACUUGCUUGUCUUGCUUUAGAAGUUAGAAACAUAAAAUUAUAUAAUACUUAAUACUUACCUUUGCUCUUUUUUAUUUAUGUCAAUCGGGUGUAAGAACUUCAAGGCAAGUAAUUAUUUUUCCUCCAACAUUUCAUCAAAUUAAAUUUAAAGAAACAAAUAAAAUAAAAGGAAACUUCAUUUCACUGAAGAAGAGAAUAAUCGAUAAGAAAUUUUAUGAAAUCAGAGUUAUGAUUAGUCAUGUGAUUGUUGAUUUUAAUAGACCUUAGAAAAUAGAAUCAAUUGUUGCAAUUUUUUAAAAUGUCUUCUCAUCUCUUUUUUUAUGUUUCAAUUUUCUUCUUUCUGAAUUAGAAUAAUGUGAAUAGAGAGAAACUUACUUACGUAUAAAAACAGAAAAAUUUCAAUUAGAAAAAGAAGCUUUUCUAGAGAGUCAAGAAAAAAACCAACUGAAUUUAUACGUUUAAUUUUAGAAUCAAACUAAGCAGAGUAUAUUAAGAGGAUUGAUUAAGAAUGCAUGGAACUGAUUUUAGAAAUCACUUGAUCCUUAAUUUUUAAAACCUCAGACAAGAAAGUUUUAUGAAAUGCAAUGAUUUUGUGUCUCGUCUCUUCAUUGUCUGAUCUAAGAGCUGAACAUUCACUAACUAGUUGUAAAGAAAGAACUUUUAACUCCACAACAAAGCUUCUUAAAGUGGGACUUGUUGCCAGGGUAAAACUUUGUUAUCUAUUUUUAUAUAGAAAAGAAUUUUCUUUUUCUUGUACACGAAAUUUAAGAUAAAAUUAAUUAAAUUCUUCUCCCUUCAAAUCUCGCGUCAGCGAAUAUUUAUAUCUAAAAAAAUUUACUUAAGGUCAACCACGGGUAUUGCAUUGCAACAAUGAUAACAGCUUCAAUGUUAGGGACACUUACUAUCAUGGGACAAUUGCAUGUUUCAUUAUCGGGUUUUCAUUUUAAGAUUUCACGAAUAUUUAUGAUACAAGUCAGCUUACUUAAAUGAGAAAAAUAUAAGAAAAUAAAAUUGAAUUGUUACUAAGCGUAAAUCAUAAAGAGGAAGAAGAAAAGGAAGAAAAUGAAUUAAAUUAAAAAAAUAAAAAUAAAAGCAAAUUCAAAAGACUGUUAAACUCUUUUUUAAUUUAAAUAUCUAAAUGAAAAUUAAAUAUAGCAGCAAGAUUAAUGAAAAAAAAAUCAAGUUUAAGAAUUGUAAGUCUCCUGUUUUUAUUAAAAAAAAUGAAGGAAAAAAUAAGAAAGUAAAACGAUUUAACAUGAUAAGAAAUGCUUUAGUUUAAAUUAAAAUUUAUAAAGGAAUAAUAAACAGAUGUUAGGAGAAGCCAAGUCAAUACAUUAAAGAAACGAAACAAUAAUUAAGAGAAGACAAAAAGUAUCUUUAGAUCAUAAAUAGUCCCAAGAUAAAACAAUAUAGGUAAAAGCUACUAUAUGAUUGUCAUACAAAUUUGUAAGCAUGAUACAAAAGAAAAAUAGCUAAUUUAAGAAUGAAAAACUCUUAUCAAAACCCAUUCUUUCAAAGUGAAAUGAUGUAAGGAUGAUAAAUUCUCUUUUGCCUUAUUGAAAAUAAUCGAUUAUCGACUCAAACUGUUUUCUUCGAUUAAGUUUUGUGUUUGUCUUAAGAAGUCACUUUUUGUAUGAGCGAGGAAGGAAAGAAACAAAUUUUAAAUUUAAUGAAAAAUGAUGAAAACGACUUUUUAAUUCUAAAUGUAAUUUUUAUAAUGGAAUCAGCGAGAGGAGAAAGUUUUAUUUUUCUUCUUCAAAAAGCAUUCGUUGAAGUGUUGUCACAUCUGAUAGUGAAGUCAUGUUUAAAGUUCGUGGGAGUUUGUUGCAACAACUUAACCAUCUUGUGGAAAAGCCCUUUAAAAGAAUCAACAACCACCGGCUGGAGUUAAUUAUAAAACUUUCUAAUUUUUUUUAUCAUUUAUCUAUUCAAGUUUUGGGAAAAAUUCUUUUUAGGCUUAAUUGACUGUUGAUUUGUGUUUAAGAUCAAAAAAGAAAGAUGAUUAGAACGAAUGUCUUGUUUGUUGUUUUUUUUUAACAAAGUAUUUAUCCCUGACUAAAUAAUUAAAAUAUUAAAGAAAAAAAAAACACUGAAAGAAAGCAAAAAAUCUACCUUUACAAGAUAAAGAAAAAAUAUUAAUUAAAUUUAAUAAUUGCAUGUAAUUUGAUGAUGCAUACAUAAAUAAAUAGUUGAAGAGUAAAAUUAAAAACAAAUCUAAAGUAACACUUAAGCAGAAGCCCCUAAACUGUAAGCGUUUUUAAGAACUUGAAAAAUCAUUGAUUUAUAUUCUGACGAAAGCAAGUGUUGCUUUAAAAUGAUGCAGUUGUAGUUGAUAAAUAAUGGGGACGUUGAUUAUGAGAAUGAAAAUCUUGUCUCCUUCUCAUCAUGCAUAAGGAAAAUAAUUAAUUAUCUUAACCGAUAUAAAUAAUAUAAAUAAAUAGUAUCACUUUUUAGAAAAUGAAGGUAGUUUGUAGAUGAUGAUGAACCUUGUAUCAUGUUUUUGUUUUUUAUUUCUUUGGAGAAAAUAUUUACUACGAUUUACUGAGUAACAUUUAAUCAAAUAACUGAUAAAUGAAUAAGAAAGGAAAGAAAAAAACCUUUUUAUGAUAGCUGGUAGUUUUUAUGGCUAAACAUUAUGAAAAAAAAUUAACUUUCAUUGAUUGAUAUCAUUGAUUUAUAAAAGAAAUGAAGUUCUUAACAUUAACAGAGUUAAUACUUGUUAAAAGUAGCGGUGACAAAAAGAAAAUAAAUGUAAAAUUUAAUUAUGAAAAAU